AUGUCAGCUCCUGAAUCUAUUAACGAUAAAAUGGUAGAGGCUGCUAUUGAUGCAGCAAUGAACUCACCACUUCCAGAAGUUUUCCCUCAGCCGGCUGAUAUUUCUUAUCCAGAUAACCCAACAUAUGAUAAUUCUGAUAUGGUUACAGAGCCAUUAAACAUCAAGGAAGUCAACGAUAACGUUAUGCACGAAAUCAAUCAUCUUCGUGUCAUUUCAAGACUUAUUGAAGAAUCAGAACAAUAUAUUUCUUUCCUUUACUCAUAUCGUUCACUUUUCCGUUCUACACGUGCUAGCAAGCUUGUUGCUGAAACUCUCUCCAAGGCGGAAAACUCACAACUCCCUCCAGAAGAAAGACAAAGCGCUAUUGAGUUUAAACAGAAGUAUCAAGCAGCUUACAAGGCUCAUUUCCUUCCUACAUACGAAAAGAUUAAGAACCUUUUCGAGUUUUGCAACAGAUUCGCUAAGACAGUUUAUUCAAUUAUUUCCGACAACGAAUACACACCAUCAGGUGUUAUUUACGAAAAGCUCAUGAAGAUUUUCUCACUUAUUUGGAAUAUUGACUCUCUCAAGUUGCUUAAGACCGGUUUUAACCUCGAUCUUUCAACAUACAAGCGUGCCUUCGAUCCAAAGGAAAUUUCCCAAAAUGCGGAACUACAGCAAAUCCCAGUCUUCCUUUCUUCUCCACAGGCUUCCAUUCUAAAGCUCCAGGAUGAAAUAGCAGCUGAUAAGAAGCAGUCUAGCAAGCUCGAAAACGUUUAUAACUGGUGCGCCAACUUACUCAAGUACUUUGUUUCAUAUUACCGUGACAGAAUCCUUACUCCUGAUGAGAGAUCAACCUGUUUAUGCGCCAUUGUCUUCGUUCUCCAUUUGAGCAUCCCAAGCGAUAAAUUCAGCAUCUACCAGGUCGAGUGCAUCGAUGAAGUCUUCAAGAUCCUCAAGGAAAACCCUGUCGUCCCACUUUAUGGUGAAAAUUCUUUCGUCCCUGGCUACACCCUUCCAAAGGUCCCAGGAUUCAAGGAGAGCACCAAGUAUCCAAUCGUUAAAUCCCAGGCUGACCUCGAAGGAUACAAGGAUACCCUUCUCAUCAGAAAUAACAUGGAUGUCUAUCGUAAGGACUAUUCCGAACAACUCCGUCUUGUCUCAGAUAUCCCUCGUGAUAAGGAAAUCAAAGAAAAAAAGCUUAUGUCCCUUCUUAAAUUCAUUUCUACGAUGACAGGAGCUAUUCAACGCCAAGCCGCCUUCAAGUCAAUCAAUACAAGUUCAAGCUCACCACAAUCCGACAAGAAAGAUGCCAAACAAUACAAAUACGAUCUUUGCGUCAAAUACAACUACAGUGCUGAAGAUUUGGACAGCCUCGUCGAAGUCAUUGGCAUGAUCAAGACAAUCUCCUCCAUCCUCAUCACCUCCGAGCCAAAUAUCGUCAAAUAUACCAACAAAAUGAUUUACGCCAAGGUUCAGGAAUACAUCCAGAACCAGCUCGAGCGUCCACUCGUUCGUUCCAGAAGCACCAAGUGCAACGGCGAGCGUGAAUUGAUGGAACAUAUCCGUGAUAUCUUCGGUAACUGGGGCAACGUUGGAGAUCCAAACAAGAACCUUCCAAAGUCCACAAAGCAGAUCAAGACCCACAAGAUCGAGCCAGGAAAUGUCCCAAUUACCGCAAACCAGCUCGAUAUCCUUCGUAUCCAGCUUUCAGCCAUGAUUCUCCCAGACUCAAAGUUCACAGCCAGAGUCGGAGCAUUCACACGCUCUCAUUUCCGUCCAAAGCACAUUAACAUUACAAAGGACUUCCUUGACUCAACAGUGAACUGGUAUACUCUUCUCAGCUACGUCUCGACCGUCCGUGCUGCUUCCAACCUUUCAUUCCUCUGGCUUCGUGAAACAUAUCUCGAUAUCGAUGAUACUCUUCAAUUCCCUGUCAGAUCAUCACUUCCAUUCAUUCUUUCCGAGCACAUUCUUAAGGUUGGCGACGGUGCAGCCAUCAAACCUCAACUCCACGACAAUACUUUCUUCCCAUUCGAACUUUACAACGAUGCAGCUGCUACAGCCAUCAACACAUUCAAAUCUCAAUACCUCUACAGAGAAAUUGAAGCAGAAGUUUCUCUUUGCGUCGAUAUGAUCGCUUUCACCUUCUCCGAUACGUUCUACAAGUUUACGAGAGCUACAGCCUCAGCCAUGGAGUUACCUCCUGACUGCCUUAGCCGCAUCGUUCCUCCUCCGAACAGAUACAAUGUUAUGGUUUGCCAGAACAGAAUGUCCCUUCUUGGUUCCGCAGUCGAUUUCAACCAGGUUACCACACAGAAGUUGAAUACGAAGAUUCGCCAAGAAUUGGAGUCAUUCAUUGAAUUAUUAACUGAUAUCAGACUUGCGCCAUACAUUGCCCACAGAGUAAGAGUUGCUCGUGCAUCCCACAACCUUCUUGUCCAGAACAGGUUGUUGAUGGACGAUUUCGACGUUCUCUGGCAGAAAGCUCGUAAUUUCGACAAUCCUUUAUCAAUUGAUUCGAAACUUACAGCUGCUAUCUGCUCAUCCCUCGAUUUCCCUCACUACAGACUCAACGUCAUCUCCAGAAGACUCCUUCCUCUUUCAUUAUCCAAGGGACCAACAAAUUCGAAGGAUAAAGUCUCAAUUCCAGUCACUUCCAAGGAGAAAUGGGUUGAAGAAUACGCAACAAUCCACACCCAUGAGACAGAAUACAUCGGUUUGGAACAUAUCAAGGCUAUUAUUGAUUUAUGCUCUCCAGGUGAAUUGGCCGCUGUUGUUUCUAAGAUUAUGGCCAGAUUGGAAGACCAAAUGAUCAAGGUCGUCGAAGUUUAUACACAAGUUGCAUCUGUCAUCAGAUUAUUGCCAGCAAUUUCAAAGGAUGAUAUCUCCGGCUACUUCAACUUCAACCUCGAUGCUUACUCAUCUAUUUCCCAUCCAAAGCUUCGUUCUCUUUACGAUGGUUUGAGAGCGAUCGGAAAUACAAUUACAUUCUUGUUCUAUCUUGAAUCGGAAUUGAAGGUUCAGUCAGGCAGUUCAUUCCUCGCUGGCGUUAUGCAGAUGAUUUCUCAAUUUAUCCUCAGUAAGAAAGAAUUAUUCUUAUCUGACGGAACAAUUGACUUAGAAACAACAAUGACACACAGAUCAUUCCCAUCCAUUUGGUCUGUUCUCGAAUUUAUGGCUUGCUCACCAGAAUUGAAGAAUCUCGAAGAUAAGGACAAGGAACCAGUCAUUAUUCUCGAUUACGUUGGUGACGGACCAAUUGUCGCUGCCCAUGUAUUCAUCACUCUCUGCAACCAGGAAGAACUUUACAAGUUCGACUCAAUCUGCUACAGAGCAACACAGCUCAACCUCACUGAACAGAACGUUUCAGUCAACGACCAGUUGACAAAGUUCCUCUACAACGCUUCUGUCGCUGAACAAUGCCAGAGAUUCGCUGAACUUGUCGCUUCUCCUUACAAGAUGAAGAUUCAGUAA